AAAGCAAAGCUAAUAAGCUGCGCUAAAGCUCAUCAAAUAGUCACAAUGGGGCUCAAGUCCCUUAGUCGUCGCGGAAUCCUUCUGGGAUUUCUGCUGUCUUUUUUCCUAGUUGUUAACGUGAAUUUCUGCUACGCUGAUCAAGGUGAAAAGACAGUCCAGGUUGUUGGAUUCGGAGAAUGUGCUGAUUGCAAGGAGAACAACAUUCAGACUACUCAAGCAUUUUCUGAGCUUAGGGUGAGCAUUGACUGCAAGCUCGAGAAUGGGGAGAUGCGGACGAGAGGAAUGGGGAAGCUGGAUAAAGACGGCAAGUUUGAAGUGUCGUUGCCGGCGGCGAUUGUGAAAGAAGACGGCGGAUUGAAGGAGGAGUGUUAUGCUCAGCUCCACACUGCAUCUUCUGCUGCACCGUGCCCCGCACAUAACGCCAUUGAAGCUUCUAAGAUCGUUAAAACAGGUGGAAAACUGCAGGGAUUUGAAGCCGCCGGAAAACUGAAAUUCUCGGCAGCCAUUUGCGCUUCAGCUAGUUUCUGGCCACCCUUUUAUAAGAAACCCUUCUUCAAGAAACCGCUUCCCCAUCCUUUCCCCUUUUAUAAACCAAAACCACACCCAAUUUACAAGCCCAAGCCAAAGCCACCGAUUUACAUUCCUCACGUCCCCAUUUACAAGCCCAAACCAAAGCCACCGAUUUACAUUCCUCACGUCCCUAUAUACAAGCCCAAGCCUAAGCCACCGAUUUACAAACCUCCAACUCCCGUGUACACGCCAACGCCAAAUCCACCUGUUUACAAACCUCCGGCCCCCGUGUACAAGCCAAAGCCAAAGCCACCAGUUUACAAACCUCCCACGCCCGUUUAUACCCCAAAACCGUUUCCGCCCGUCCCAAUUCACAAGCCUUUUCCAAAGCCACCGAUUUACAAACCACCAUUUUAUAAGCCGCAUCCCUUCCACAAGCCAUGGCCACCGGUUUACAUUCCUCCCUUCAAGAAACCAUGCCCACCACCCCAUGGCUAGGUGCUGCCGCAUGUAGGCUCUAUAUGCAGUGAUUCAGCUUUAAAAUUUCAUCUUGCAUGCACAAUAAAAGCAAAGCAAGAAGAUUAAAGAUGUAGUAGAAAUAUGCAGCUAGGUUGAUUAGUGGAAGGGAGUGCAACUUUCUACUUAUUUGCAUGUGUUUGUUGGCUUCAAAUAGCUUCUUGGUUUGCUAAGCUAGUUUGCUUGUGAUUUCAAUCAAAGUUUGUAUUAAGUUUCUACGCCACUAUGCAUAUUAUUGUGACUAAAUGUGAUCAUUUGAUUAAGUUGUUUGUUCAAUAUUA